AUGGCGUUUGCGAACGACAUCAGCCGUCGUCUUGCCCGCAUUCGUUGUUUGCACCAAUGUAUUUCGUGUCUAAAACAGGCCGGACCCCUGCCCGAGUCUCUCUGUUAUGUCCCCGACCGGGUCGAGUACAAAUGUAUUGCAGGCACUGUGGACAUGUACCCAAAACCAGAUCUCAACACUGAUCCCAUAGAUUCCAUGACGGGAGUGCUUCUAUCAAGGGUCAUCGCCAGUGGACACGAAUUCUGUAAUAAUCAAGGAAAAUGGAUCCGUGUCAAAAAGGCAAAACCUCGAAACUGCAAGAAAUUUUUAGAUGUCACGUGUGAAAGUUGGGUGCUACUUUAUGGCAAACAUAGCACAACAGAAGAUAUGCCCACAAUGGAACCAGUUCAAACCAAAAAUUACAGCUUGGCCAAAUUUUCUAAACCUUUCAAAUUGUCAAAUUGGGAAGAAGUAGUUGAGCACCAUUAUGCUGUGUGCUUGAAGAAGCUGGAGGUCGCACACCAAGAUGAAGAAAUCAUGGAAAAGCUGCAUACUGUGUUACAAAACUGGACACUGGAGAAUGAUGAAGCAUUGGUCCAAUUAAUGGCCAACAGCAUGAACCAGAACAGCCAAUAUUUGGGCAGUUUGGCUAAUUUUGUUGACUUUGUGGAUGUCUCUUCCUACUGUAUUUCUGAUGAUGCUGGCCCUGUGAACUUGACAGAUGAUGAUACUGGAACAUAUUGGGAGAGUGAAGGAAGUCAGGGGCAACAUUGGAUCAAAUUGCAAAUGAAAAAAGGAACAAUUAUCAAAAAAUUAUUUCUAACCCUGUCUGGUGCUGAUGAUAUUUACCUACCCUCCAAAGUAAUUGUUUGUGGGGGUGAGGAAUUCAAUAUGAAGGAGCUCAAUAUGGUCACAUUGGAAAGAGACUUCUUCUCCAAAAGCAAACUUUUCCGAUAUCCCCGUUUAGAAGGUUACACUGCUGACCAGUUAUAUUACAGAGCUAUUCUUCUACAAAGGUUCAUCUCGUUGUUAGACAGUGUUCUUCAUUAUUUAAUUCCAAAAUGGAAUCAUCAGCAUCAGCCCAUUCUAGAUUUGGAGUCUAUACGUCAGUUACUGCCCUUAUCACAAAUGAAACCAGUUUUGAUUGAAACAUUCCUUCGAGAAACAAUCAAAGAGCGCCCCCUUGAUGUUCGGAUCAUCUUCAUUAACAGACGGUCAGCCACUGAACACAAAUCAGACCCUUCCAAAGAUCCUGAAUGCAAAAGUACAAUUUUUAUGCAAGUCUAUGAAGGACUCCAGCCAAGAGAAAAGAAAAAUAAACCUUUAAAUUACCGGUGGCCAAAUAAACAUGACCAGUGGUGGGAAUGUAAAUUUUUAAUGGAAGGUAUAAUUGAUCAGGGAGGAGGUUUUCGUGACAGUCUCUCUGAUAUUGCAGAAGAGUUAUGCCCAAGCUCAUCUGAUGCUCCAGUACCUCUGCCUUUCUUUAUUCGAUCUCCAAAUCAGAUUCAUGAAGAUUCCAAUGUGAACAGAGAUGCCUACAUCCCAAAUCCAUCUUGUACUUGGUUUGCCGAAUAUGAAUGGAUUGGCCAAUUAAUGGGUGCCUGUUUCCGUAGCAAAGAAAACCUGGUUUUGUCAUUGGCUCCUUUUGUAUGGAAGCAGUUGUCAGGAGAGAAUAUUAGUUGGUAUCAAGAUUUUACUACAGUUGAUGCAGCGGAGGUAAAACUUUUGGAAACGCUACUCAAUUUGGAUGAAGAGAAAUUCCCUCAGGAAAAUCGUUUUUGGAGUACAACGUUGAGUAACGGCACAGAAGUGAAUCUCCGAUUGCAGCCAUUAAAAGGUUUGCUUCGGGUGAUUCCAGAAGAUGUCUUGAGGCUGAUCACUUGGCAGGAACUGGAGAAGAGAAUCUGUGGUGAAGCAGAAAUUAGUUUGGAAGCCUUACAGAAAAGUGUCCAUCUCAUUGACUUAGAACAAACAGAUUUACGUGUGAAAUAUUUCUGGGAAGCAGUGAAGAAUUUUUCUAAUGAAGAUCGAAGCCGAUUACUUAGGUUUGUCACAGGACGUCGACGCCUGCCAGCUCCAUUGUAUUUGUCAUCAGCUAAACCAGAAGCAGACAAUGCUUUGCCUGAAUCCUCGACCUGUGGAAACAUGUUGUUUAUGCCAAAAUAUUCAAGUGCCAAACUUGCAGAAGAGAAGCUGCAGUAUGCUGCCUACAACUGCAUAGCCAUUGACACUGACGUCAGUCCUUGGGAUGAUUGA